GGGUGUCCGGCCCUAUAAGGCGCCCCGCGGCCGCUUCUGCCCGCUGCUCCCUCUCUGCCUGCAGCGCUUUAAGCCCAGCCCUCAAUAUGGCGUGCCCUCUGGACCAGGCCAUUGGCCUCCUGGUGGCCAUCUUCCACAAGUACUCAGGCAAGGACGGCGACAAGAACACCCUGAGCAAGAAGGAGCUGAAGGAGCUGAUCCAGAAGGAGCUGACCAUCGGGGCGAAGCUGCAGGACUCUGAGAUCACCAAGCUGAUGGAUGACCUGGACCGGAAUAAGGACCAGGUGGUCAACUUCCAGGAGUACGUCACAUUCCUGGGAGCCCUGGCCAUGAUCUACAAUGACGUGCUCAAGGGCUGAGUGUGCGGGAAGGUGGGCUGCCGGGCGGGCGGGUGGAUGUUUGU